UCGUCUCUCUGCUCACUGCACCACACCGUCCUUCCUCCCUGUCCUCUUCGACGGCGGCGUCCCAUCCCUCUUUCAUCCAGGGCGCGUGACCCACCCUCCGUCAGCUUCGCAGAGGAGGGGAGAGAUCCCUCCUCCCUCCCAUCGCGCUGCCUGCUCCUGGGCUGUGCAGAGGCAGUCUGGGGACGCGCGCGGGAGACGGAACAAGAGAAAGGGUUCUCACGCCCCGGGGGGAAGCACGCAGCGGAGACGCUACACACUGGAUAACACUUCCUGUCCGCUGGCAGGAGGCUGGAGAGCAACACUGCAGCAGAAGGGAGCAGCGGUCUGGACUACAGCUCUGACUCACCCGAGGUAAACGGCCAUGCGUUCCCGUAGCAACAGCCUAGAGGACACCACCAAGGCCAAGCAGCACCAGGGCCGGUCGCGGCGGCGGGCCGCAGAACGCGAGGACCCGCCGGGCGGGGGCGCGGGACGGGUCAGGCACGGAGAGCCACCCGGCGACGCGGGCGCAAACGCCGGCGCGGUGCAGAGGAGGGAGAAGGGGAGCGGCUCCGGUGGGAGUGCCGGCGGCGACGGUAGCAGCCAGAGGGAGAAGACAGCGGGGGGGAAGGGCAGGGACCUAUCACGGGAUGACCUCCUCUUCCUGCUCUCCAUGCUGGAGGGAGAACUGCAGGCCAGAGACGAGGUGAUCACGGUGUUGAAGGCUGAGAAGAUCGACCUGGCCCUCCUGGAGGCCCAGUAUGGGUUUGUCACUCCGCAGAAGGUCCUGCAGGCUCUGCAGAGAGACACCAUCCAGGGCAAGGCAGAGACCUUCCAGGAGGACAUCUACGAGAGGCCCAUGGCCGAGCUGGACAAGUUGGUGGAGAAGCAGAGGGAGACCCACCGACGCAUGCUGGAGCAGCUCCUGCUGGCCGAACAGUCCCACAAGCAGGCGCUCUACAAGCUGGAGGACGAGAAGAGGAACCACGGGGACUUCAUGAGGAAGAGCGACGAGUUCACCAACUUGCUGGAGCAGGAACGAGAGAGACUGAAGUUGCUCAUUGACCAGGAAAAGGCCUAUCAGGAAAGAAAAGAAGAGGAGAACAAUAAGAAGGUCGCCAGCCUAAAGGAAGAGCUGACCAAACUGAAGUCAUUUGCGUUGAUGGUCGUGGACGAGCAGCAGCGUCUCACAGAGCAACUGACCCAACAGACUGUUAAGGUUCAGGAACUGACCACCAGUGCCACCCAGGCCCAGGAAGAGCUGAGCUCCGCUAAUGCAAAGGUGCAAGAGGGGGAGGAGAAAAUAUUUCGAUUGGAGACAGAGCUACGCAACCAAGCCAGUCGCUUCCACCAGGAUCAGGAGACCAUGACUGCCAAACUGACAAGUGAGGACGCCCAAAACCGGCAGCUCAAGCAGAAAUUAUCCGCCCUCAGCCGACAGCUGGAUGAACUGGAGGAGACCAACAAGACCUUACGCAGGGCUGAGGAUGAACUCCAGGAGCUGAGGGACAAGAUCAGUCGCGGAGAAUGCGGGAACUCCAGCCUAAUGGAGGAGGUGGAGGAGUUACGAAAAAGGGUUCUGGAGAUGGAAGGGAAGGACGAAGAACUGAUCAGGAUGGAGGACCAGUGCAGGGACCUCAACAAGAAGCUGGAGAAGGAGGCCAGCCAAAGCCGUAGCCUAAAGGCUGAGGUGGAUAAGCUAAACCACCGGAUCAUGGAGCUUGAGAAACUAGAGGAUGCCUUUGGAAAGAGCAAGCAGGAGUGCAAUGUAUUAAAGUGCAAUCUAGACAAAGAGAGGAGCGUGUCAAAGGUUUUGUCCAGUGAGAUGGACAUCCUGAAAGUGAGGGUCAAGGAACUGGAGGCUGUGGAGGGUCAGCUAGAGAAGACUGAGCUCACACUAAAGGAAGACCUCACCAAACUAAAGACGCUGACAGUCAUGCUGGUGGAUGAAAGAAAAACCAUGGCUGAGAAACUGAAAGCAAUGGAGGAUAAGGUCCAUAACAGCACUGGGAAACUACAAGCUGAACAGGCCAAAGUCACAACAGUGACAGAAAAGCUUAUUGAUGAAAGCAAGAAAGCCCUGAAGUCAAAGGCUGAGCUUGAGGAGAAAAUGUGUGGUGCCACCAAGGACCGGGAUGAAUUGAAGGCCAAACUUAAAGCUGAGGAGGAGAAAAGCAAUGACUUGCAGUCCAAAGUUGCCAUGAUGAAGAAGAGGUUGCAGUCCCUUGAAGCUGUGGAGAGGGAAUUCCUGAGGAACAAAGCCAAAGAGGAACAGAUCAAGGCACCCACUGCCAACCGUUUCCAACAAGAGGACAACAAAGUCCAAGACCUGACACAGGAAGUCGAGCGCUUGAGGCGAAAACUUAAAGAUAUGAAAAUUGUCGAAGAUGACUUGUUGAAGACUGAGGAUGAGUAUGAGUCAAUGGAAAAGAGAUACUCAAAAGAACAAGAGCGAGCAAAUGCCUUAAUGGAGGAAUUGGAAAUAUCCAGGAACGAGCUCUCAAAGUACCAACUAGCAGAGAAGCAAAAGUCAAACCAGGAACACAUCCUUUACAAACGUCUAAAGGAGGAAGAAGCUAAAUCCAGCCAUCUAACUCGAGAAGUAGUGGCACUAAAAGAAAAGAUCCAUGAAUAUAUGGGCACUGAAGAAAGCAUAUGUCGCAUGAAAAAUGACCACUCCACCUUGCAAAGAAAACUGACUCUGCACGAGGUUAGAAAUAAAGAACUGGCCAGAGAAAUGGAUACCCUCAUUCGGGAGCUAGAGAGAUACCGUCGUUUUAGUAAAAGUCUCCGCCCAGGCAUGAACGGCAGGCGCUUCUCAGACUUACAGGUGUGCACCAAGGAGGUACAAACUGACCCAGCAGACCACCUUCCACCCAACUAUAAGAGCAUCGCCCCUCUGGAGCGUGCAGUGGUCAACGGAAAACUGUAUGAAGAGAACGACUCAGACGACGAUCCAAACUACAACAAUGAGCUGCCCAUGACUAAAUGCAACCCAUCCCUCAUGAACAAUGUCCACAACCUUAACAAUAACAUGAGAAGAGCUAGAGUCCCCUUUCUCAAACCCAAAGACAGCCAGCACCUUGUCAAUGGGAAAGUGCAGGUUCCCAGACAGAAUGGAAACCAUGUGCAGCAAGGUGACGUGUUUCUUACCCACAGCCCCGGGCAACCUUUGCAUAUUAAGGUAACCCCAGACCACGGGCAAAACACAGCCAUGCUAGAAAUCACCAGCCCCACAGCAGAAAAUACGCAGUCAUAUACCAGCACUGCAGUUAUCCCCACAAGUGGAGGUCCACCAAAACAACGAAUUACCAUCAUUCAGAAUGCAUCUAUCUCCCCAAAUAUCAAAAACAGAGGUCAAAGGUCCCCCUCAUCAGAUGGUUCCCCAUGCACUCCGGAUCGAGCCAUGUCUCCCUUCACUAUGGCCACAUACUCCAGAACAAUGACCCCAGACUCCUCUGGGUCGGUCACCCCAGACAGGGCCAUGUCACCAAUCCAGAUCGUGUCGGUGACAACAGGCACCCCUGAUCGGUCCCUCUCCACAGAGCCAGUAGAAGUUGUGGCAGGUCACGCUGUCUUCCGGGUGACACCGGAGAGGCAAAGCAGCUGGCAGGUUCAAAGGUCCAACAGCUCUGGCCCGAACGUCAUCACCACAGAGGACAAUAAAAUCCACAUUCAUUUAGGGAGCCCCUUUAUUCAGACCUUAAACACUACACCCCAGUCUCUGGGCCCAUGCUGCUACUCACCUGGUCAGGAGCUGAAAACUCCGGUGUUAUCCAAUAGUACCCCUGUCAAAGGCAACAGCAAAAUCACAAGUAGCAUCACUAUAAAACCAACAUCCACCCCAAUCCAAAGGCCUUCACAAAUUACAAUUCCCCUAGAAGCAUUCCGACGGCCAGGACCAACCAGAAUCCCCAAACCUAAAACUUGCAGUGCACCGAAAGGGACAAACAGCACGGCUGCCAAUCCAGGGCAGAGCAACAAAGGGCCAACUCAGCCAGCUCUCUCCUCAACGAAGGAGAUGCAGCGUACUGAGAGCAGCCAACAAUCUAAAUAUGGUCAACCACCCAACUAGAAUAUAAAAAUCCCACAUUUGGAUGUGUAUAUAUAUAUGAUCAACAUUUUCAAAGUUCUGUUCAUUUUGUUAUAUCACAACACUGAUAUGCUUAUAGCUUUGAUUGUUGUCUGGGUUCUCUGUUACAUUUGUUUUAGAUUGAUUUUAAUACUUUUAUUUUCUAUUUAUAAGCACUUUGGCUUACCAAAAUGUGCUUAUAAAUAUAAUUUGUUAUUUAAUGAUCUAUUCCCAUUGCUACAAAAACUUCAGCUGUUGAUAAAAUCAUUGUAUAUCUGUUGCAGUAACUGACAUAGGCAACUGUAAAAUGCAAAAUUAUUAACAUUAUCUAUAUUGCUAUUGCAAUGCAGUAUAUGUAUGUAACUUAUCAACAUUCAUCUACUUUAUUUGUUUAAUUAUGUAAUGUCUACAAAUGUGUGUUUUGAGCAGUGGCAAUAAUGUAUAUAA